AUGCUCUCCACGCCAGUAAACCUGCCCAAGUGGCUCGAGGAAAAUUCACACCUCCUGCAGCCGCCCAUCAACAAUUACUGCGUCUACAAUGAGGGCUUCACAAUUGUGGGCGGGCCCAACGCCCGCACAGACUAUCAUAUCAAUGAGACGCCAGAGUGGUUCUACCAGCACAAGGGCGCCAUGAUGCUCAAGGUCGUCGACGACGGCGAAUUCCGCGAUAUCAUCAUCCGCGAGGGCGAUAUGUUCCUGCUGCCAGGCAACACCCCGCACAACCCCGUGCGCUUCGCCAACACCGUGGGCGUCGUGCUCGAGCAGCGCCGGCCCGAGGCCUCAGUUGACCGGAUGCGCUGGUAUUGUGCAUCUUGCCGCGCCGCUGUCCAUGAGGCCGCCUUCCACUGCACCGACCUCGGCACCCAAAUCAAGGCCGCCGUUGAGGCUUUCAAGGCCAGUAAGGAGGAUAGGACGUGUAAGGCAUGCGGUGAGGUGGCGGAAGCGGCGCCGAAGCCGGGGUCGAUCAAGGACCCGAAUCUGGAGUAG